ACUGACGUCAUGCUGCUAUCUUAAUAUUCAUGAGCCAAUCCUUCGCCAUAGCAGGAUUCGUAAGCCUUUCCUCCAGUAGAGACGGCAGGAAGCUCCAGCGCAGUUCAACUGUGACCGCAGCUGAAUGUCUAGCCGAUAUCAGUAACAUGACCCGAGAAACUUGUUAUAGGUUUGCUCGCUCUUCUCGGGAGAAUUCAGUUCUCUGGAGGGAUUUAAAUGGACUCUAACGGGCAGCUGAACUUCAAUUCAUCUUUUCCCUCCUCCGCCCGGUGUCAAACGAAUGGCAAACGUGAAAGUCGCGAUUCGCGUCCGUCCGCUGAACUCCAGAGAGUGUCUAGAUGGAGGGCGAUUUGCUGUCCAAUUGGAAGACAAAGUGGUGAGAGUACGAAAUGUGAAGUUGGAGGGGCGUUUGGAUGGGCGAUCGGAGGGUCUGGCUGACUCUAGGGAGAAGUUUAUGGAGUUUGGGUUUGAUUUCUGCUACUGGUCCGUGGAUCCAGCGGCUCCCAACUAUGCAUCACAAGAGGAGGUGUUUCAGGACCUGGGUGUGUGUGUCCUGUCUGGAGCUUCGGAGGGGUAUAACGUGUGUCUAUUUGCAUAUGGACAGACGGGCUCAGGGAAAACAUACACCAUGAUGGGAACUCCAGACUCCAUUGGACUGACACCAAGGAUCUGUCAAGGUCUUUUUAGGUCUGGAGAUGAAUCUGCAGAUGGACAGAGCUGUAGAGUUGAAAUAAGUUUUUUAGAGAUCUAUAAUGAGCGUGUGCGUGAUCUGCUGAGAGGUGCGGAGCAGAAGAAGCCAGCACCCCUGAGGGUUCGAGAACACCCAGAGAAGGGGCCCUAUGUGCAGGGUCUUUCUCAGCAUGUAGUGACUGACUACAAACAAGCAGUGGAUCUGCUUGAGGAAGGCAUUGCUAACCGCAUCACAGCCGCUACACACGUUCAUGACGCUAGCAGUCGAUCCCAUGCCAUCUUUACCAUUCAAUACACACAGGCUAUUCUAGAAAAUAACCUUCCUUCAGAAAUAGUGAGCAAGAUCAACUUGGUGGACCUGGCUGGCAGUGAACGAGCUGACCCUCAAUACAGCAGAGACAGAAUAACAGAAGGCGCCAACAUCAACAAGUCUCUUGUCACCCUUGGCAUCGUGAUCUCCGCUCUUGCCCAAAACUCUCAAAUGUUCAGCAGCAGUCAGAGCAUUAACAGUGUGCUCAGUGAGGGUGAAGGGAGCACUGUGGGGAGCCAGUCCAGCUCUCUGUCGAGCAACGGGCGCAGACAGUGCUUCAUUCCCUACAGGGACUCUGUCCUCACCUGGCUACUCAAAGACAGUCUGGGCGGCAACUCCAAAACAAUCAUGAUUGCAACUGUCUCACCAUCCAGCAGCAGCUACAAUGAGACUCUAAGCACCCUCCGCUAUGCAGCUCACGCCAGGAACAUCGUCAACAAGCCAAGAGUCAAUGAGGACGCCAAUGUGAGGUUGAUCAGAGAACUGCGAGAGGAAAUUGAUCGUCUGAAAAGCAUGCUGCUGAGUUUUAAAAUGCAGAGGAACCCCAGUCCAUCGCUCAGUGAUGAGAGAGAAGGCAGCUUGUCUGAAAUAGUCCUACAGAAUGAACUGAAGGUGGAGCAGCUGACUAAAGACUGGUCUGAGAGUUGGUGUGACAUGCGAGGCCUGUUGGAGCGCUACAGUGUGGACAUUAACCAGGACCGAGCAGGAGUUCUCAUUCACUCGCUCUUGCCCCACCUCAUCUCUCUAGAGCCAGACGUCCUCAGCACAGGGGUCAACAUCUACCACCUUCGGGAAGGGGUGACAAGAAUGGGGCCUCAGGAUGACAAUCUGAAAGAGCCUCACAUAGUCUUGCCAGAAGGUUCCACCUGUGAGAUUGAGAAUAAGAAUGGGGUGGUGACUCUGAAGCCAGUCUCGGGGAACAUCUGCAUGGUCAAUGAAAGAGAGAUCAAGGAGCCCUGCAGACUUGCACAAGGUGCAGUGAUUACCUUAGCAGGACUCCAUAAGUUCAGGUUCAACCACCCUGCAGAGGCAGCUGUUCUGAGGGAGAGAAGACGGAUCAGUGAUGGAGGUCUGGUCUACAACUCUACAGAGCUCAACCCACACAGUUCUGACAUCAGGGUUGCAGAAGCAGGUUGUCAUGAGAACGGCAAUGGGACAGCUCCCAGACAGCGACUAGAGGAGAAGCAGUGGUACAUAGAGUGUCUACGAGAGGAGAUUCAGAUGGAGCAGAAAAGAGCGGAGAGAGAUCUGGAAAGAGAGCAGGCACAUCUCCGACAGCAGCACACUGAAACCAAGCAGUGGAUCUUGCAAGAAAAGCAACGGUUUGAAGCCCACAGGGAAAAGGGAACAUUGGAGUCAGGGGUUCAGACAGAUCUCAUACUUCAUAGUGGUUUAUCUAGUCAGAUGACUGAGGAGGAAGGCAGUGCUGAAAGAGUCCCACCAUCUCCUUUAAUGGGUGACUGGAAAAUUGUAGUGCAGGAGGAACUGCUGAAGCACCAUGCAUUGCGCAGAGCUGAGAAUCACGUGCGCCGUAAAAGGUUACAUUACCAACUGGAGAAGAUUGCACGAAAGCGCCAUCUGUUGGAGGUGAAGCGAGAGCUGCAGAGGCUAGAAAAUGAGCUUCUACAAAGGGACAAUGAAGCCUCAUCUCCAGACGUGGGGUACCUCUCAAAGUCCAGGGAACGUCCCAUGACUUUAAGAAGGCAUUCAUUUUCUGCUGAUCUGCUGUCCCGACUGUACCCCCAGCACACUCCUAUUUUCAGCCAGUUCCUCAAAAGAAAUAUAUCUUCUGAGUUUACAACAUCUCUAGCUUGCUUUGCUCGUGCCACUAAAUGGGAAUCUGAUGGAUGUCUCCAAGAUCAAAAGAUUAGAAGACGUUCCAAUACAAUGCCCUCAAGAUAUGACCAAGGAUCCUCAAGUUGGGCCAGUUUUUCAGAUCGUGUCAAAAGGCCCAUAAAAGAUGCAAGUUCAGCUGAAGCUACAAAAUUAAAAACUUCCUCAAGGGUGAUAGUCAAGAAAAGCACAUUUGACCAAGACAAAAAUUGUCUGGAUUCAAACACCAAAUCCACUAGAAAAGUUUUACCAAUAAUAAAACAGAAAAGUCCUGUGAAGGGAACAAAGACUUUAUCUCAAGGUGGAAAUAAAGGUUUAGAGACCAUCCACAAGGUUUUUUUCCACUCCGUUGGCUUUGGGAUCAAAACUGCUUUGGCGAAAGUUUUCUGCAAGCCACCACCAGGCUCACGUGGCCAUAGAAGUGUGAAAUCUGUGAAGAAAGCAACAAGUCAGCUUAAUGAGAAAUCAAACAAAACCAAGACUCUGAAAGACUUUGAGAGAAAACAGGAAAAGUGCCCUAUCAGGUCGACAGUGUCUCAUAAAAGUUUGGAGCGGCUUAACUCACUAAAACAUAAGCAACAGAGACACUGGCAUAGUGCAGAAGUUCUAACGAGCACCGAGCCAUGGGUUGCAGUGCAAAAAGAUCCAGCUCGUUGGGUGGAGCAUGGUGGUUGGGAGGAUCCCAACAGAUCUUCAGAUUGUGAUAGUAUUUUCUCAUUGGAUUCACUGUCAUCAGCUUAUGCUACAGCUCUGGCUGAGCAACUUCAGCAGGAGGAAUGUGAUUCCAGUGAAGCUGAGAGUGAAGACAGUCACAUGUCUCAGGAUUCUCUUGUUAUGGAGAGCAGUGGGAAGCAUUUGACUGCCAGACCAGUUCUGAGGUUUAAAAAAGUUCCAAGCCACUUAACUACCCCUACAGUACAAGCUGCAUGCAGCUCUCAGGCAGUUGGCAGUAAAAAGGGGAUGAGAAUAUCCAAAGAUGUACCUACAGAGGUUUUCUGGAGCUUUAAUGGCAGUUGGAAGUCGAAAACUGAGAAUGGCCCAGACAUGGCUAAAGGGCCUUCUCACUUCUCUUGUCUAGCGUCUAAAUCUAGACCCUGUAGCGGUGCAAGUAUCAGAGAGACAGGGAAUCCACUUGCUCUUACUGAUGCUUGGUCAUCUACUGAUGCAGCAGACAGUGCUAGAAUCCUCAUGGCUUCAGGACACUUGCUCAAACAGGAUCCACACACACUUAUAGAGAGCAGUAGAUGCCAAAGCUCUACUAGUCUGGAUCAGUCGAACAACAUGAAUAUCUCAGAAAGCCAGAGCUCACCUCGUUCUGACUCCACUCAGGAUGAAAAUACAACACUCGAAGAACAAAACAGCACAUCCUUUGAAAAUACCCUGUUGCUAGAGAAUGAUCUCAGUUUUAUCCCAGGACAAGAUAUGGAUUUUAAGGAAUGGACUACCAGUGCCAAACCAUGUACAACUCAGACAGUCUGUGAUUCUACAGAUACCAGUUCAGAUGUGGUAGCACAUCCAAAUAAACCAACCACGGAAAAUGAACCACUGAAUCCCAGUGUGACUAAAGCAUUGCUGAUCAACUCGUGUUCCAAAGAUGGUGAGAUCUCAACAAGUACCACUUGCUUCCCAGUUAACUCUAGUAGGGAAGAUUCACAUGUUAGAGAGGACCCAACAUCAUAUCCAAUCCACCCUGCAGAUUGUUUUCUGAAGUCAAACUUAAACCUGACAAUGGGUUAUCAGGUUUCAACAUGCGAUAAAGCCGGAGAUCCAGAGGUUAAGAACUCUAAAGCAGUGCAGAUUAUAAAUGAAUCGCACAGCAAUGCUAGCACCAACAAUGGCACAAUCACUGGACACUCUGAUGAAGAAAAUAAGUAUUUCUAUACACGACAGUGCACAGAAAUGGCUUGUACAACAGAUACCAAAGAUUAUGUAUUGACAAUAAAACAAUCAGAGAAGCAUGAUGUAGUAGUAAUUAGUUUUGGCAAAGAUAGUGAACACUUUGGGAAUGGGGAACUCACUGGAGCACAUAAAACUAAAUACUCUCACGCAGGCUUUGUGGGAAAUACGAAUCUUCCAAAGAAAAGCAAUGAAGAUGUUUCAGACACUGAGACAGCACUUUUAACAGCUGAUUCGAUGGAAAAUUCUGAUCAAGAGCUAGAAGACAAAAAUAUAAAAAAUGCACCAUUAGCCAGGAAUGAUUACAAGACUUUAAUCAGCAAAGAUCACAUUAAUACUUUUAGAAAUGAUAGCAGUGUAUGCAAUAAUGGGCUGACACAAACAAAUGAUACUAGCCUGAAAUCCUUGAGGAGUUCAGAGAUUGAAAACAUUAUUGACAACAGUAAAGAGGAUAGAAAAGAUGCAUGGCAGAUUACGGAGAGAGAGGCCAUUAACCGAUAUUUUCAAAUGAGCGACUCAGCAAUUAAUGAUAAAAUAUCAGAGGUGGUGGAAGAACAUUUUAUGACAUCUCUAAGAGAAGACUAUAGUGAAGAGCAAGAGUCAAACACAAAGAAAGAAAACACUUCUUUAGAAAAACUGGAGGAUUUUAAAUUAAAAACAAACAAACAUGAAUUUGAUAACAAAAGUAUUCGGGCUGGAUAUGGCAAAAAUAAUAGUUCCCAGACUUUCUCAUGUAUGUCAAAAUCAGAGAUUAACAACUCUACUGUAAGCUUGGAGAACAGUGAUUCACAAAUAGAAUUAAAACAUUCUUUGACUUUUAAGGAUCAGGCCGUCUCAAACUCCAGUGCCACAGAAGAUCAUACUGUAAGGAAGAAAGAGAGGAAAUUUAAACAAGAAAAUCCAAAAUGUGUAUAUGUCAGUGAUAACAUGGAAUCCGUACUAUACUGCACUAUAGAAGAACAGAGUGCAGAUAAAAUAAAAACAAGUGAAUCAGUGUUGUCGUGUGUCAAAGAAACUAUUAUUGAUGUGAAUACGUUAAGAGAGAACAUUAUUGUCUGCACCAGGCUAAGAAAGGAUUAUGUUGAUGCUUCAAACCCGGUUCAAAGGAAAGACUGUAUCAGUGAAAGGGGUUUGGAUGAGGGUAGAGCCACAGUAUUAAAACCACUGCUUCCCUGCAUGUAUGCACAAGAUACCUUUUCUCUUAAGCUGACAAAUGAGUUGGAGAAAGUUCAGAAAGUGAAUCAGUGCAUGCACCAGAACGCACAGGUGGUCGACAACAAAACAGAACGAAAUGAAAGUGAACUGGCCUCUAUGGAAAUGCAAAAUUUUGAUGAUAAACCACUAACGCAUGGACAUUCAAGACUUUUGAAUGAUGGACUUUUGAAUCCCGUGAAGGUCUCGACUCCAGUAAAGUCCAGUAAUUGGAGCAUUCCUCAGGUAUCAUUGUCCACCGAAGCAACAGUGAAACAUACAGUCUCAGGUGUACACUCUGAAGAUGUGGCUGAUACAUUUCAGCAAACCAUGGAGGCCCAAAAUAAAAAGAUUUGUUCAUAUAACUCUUCACUAUCAAGUAUAGAACAUUACCACUCAACAGUGUAUGGCAAUUACCCUAGUCCUAAAGCCUGGCCUUCAAGCAAUCUUGCAUUUUAUGAAUUUGGUCCAGGAAACCUUGAGAAACAUAAUGGUUGUGUAGGCCAAGAUAAAACUUGUGCUAAACAUUCCUUUGCAAAUGCUACUAUCAUUAGUGAUGAAAACAAAGAAAGACCUGUAGAGCACAUACACAACGGUUACUCUGAAGAUUUAAGAAAAGAUGCCACUCUUUCAGAUUUAAGCCAGGCACUACAAAGAAAACAAAUGCACAAGUUGUUUAAAACUUGUGAUACUGUAAAUAUCGACAUGGCUCCACAAUCAGAAAAUCAGUCAAUCUACACAAGUAAUCAAAUGGAGGUAACAUCUCAGUAUAAUGAUGGCAGCAUUGAAGGAACGCAACGUUUUAAUAACCAGCCACUGAAAAAUCAAGGGAAAAAUAUGACUACAAAUCACCAAUCAAGGCUAAGAAAAGAACCUGAUAAAUCUGAGGUAUAUCACAAUGCAAAACAGACUCAAUGCAGUCAAAAUAGAAAUGAAUAUAAUAAUAACAGAUGUAAAGCUACAAAACAUGUCACAGCAGCAGAAGCUACAAAACACUUUGUUGGCAAUGGUAAUGAUGAAAGAUGGAAAGGAAAACAAAAGCGAUGCAGAAAGGCCCACUUUAUAGCACCUCCAAGUUCAUCCACUGAUUCUACACCUGAUUUAUCUUUGGAUGAGAGUACAACAUCUAAAGGUCAUGUGUCUCGUACCAAACCUGCUUCUCAAGCAAACCUGCUUCCUACCAGUCAAAAUGCUCUUGGCAAAUACAAAAAUCCACCACUUGAUGAACAACGCAUUUCUUCACCUUCAACAAUUAGUCCAGGAUCAUUAGUAGAACAAUCAGGACAGAGAUACACGCAGACGGCUAUCACUCGUAUGCCAUCCUCUGUGUUUGGAGUUCCCAUACGUAGCGAAGCUGAGACAAUCGCAUGUCAGCAAGAUCAUGGUUCUAAAGAAGAAAUGCAAAAGAUAGAGAUGACUGAAUCAAAUGGUAAUAAAGAUAUUAAUUUAAGGAAGAAUGCUUUUUCUGAAGAUAUUUUAGCUUGUGUGAAAGACCAUUCUCAGCCAUUUCCACAUACAACAGAUUCUGCAAUGCAUUUUUCCUCAAGUGAUAUUAACCCAUUUAUUCAUUCAAAAACUAUAAUGGGGGUUAAUACAGCAGUCCUCAAAAAGCAGGCUGUUGGAAGUGCUUCCAAUAUAUCCUGCAAACACUCUUCACUCAAUAGUUCCAACAAGAAUAUGACAAGGUGCUGCAGUGUAGACAAUGGCCUAAAUAUUCAGGACUCCACUUUCAGUUCCCAUUUGAGCGCUUAUGUAAAUCAUAAAGGCCUAUCUAGUACACUGAGUAGUAAUGAAUAUUCUAGAGAUCAGAUUUCUUCUGAACCUAUGCUGAAGGCAGCUUCUUAUUCCUCUAGUGGUUCAAAAAAGCAAACUCUAACAGUUUUGAAAUGCAACUCUUACAAUGGUCCCUCAGAGGAGUUUCGCCACAGUUCAGGUCAAGUUGAUGAAAUAGUGCUGGUCUACUCCUCUGAGUAUGAAUCUCAAGAACAUCCGAGACCAAGCAGGUGUGAUCAAGGCACACAAACCAUUGAGAUUCAUGAGAACCUUAAAAGAAAGAGCCGUCACCGAAGAAGCAGCACACAGACACCAGUAUCCAAAACAGGGAAUGGUGCCCUAACCACAUGGGCAAGUUUCAACUGUGCAUUCUGGCAGUAA